GUGACACUGGCUGCAUUUGCCAAAUACUGUCAAAUGUCAGCCGCCAAGUAGUUACGGGAAGUGGAUUUGAUUUGAAAGAUCCUAGAAUAUGACAAAAUCUAAGGAUUAAGAAAUUGUGAAUUGAAACGGUGGAUGUGAAAACGGAGAAAAGUGAAUCGUCUAAUGAUUGUAGCUAUUGUGUGUUAAUAAUUCAUUUAAUUCACGUUUAUUGAUACUCUAUCAGACCUAAUAAUGGAUAAAAGAAAACUAUCCACUGCGGGCGAUAGUCUCUAUCUAAUAUUACAAGUCCCUAAAACCGCAACGGCAGAUGAUGUCAAGAAAAGCUAUCGGAAAUUAGCACUUAAAUAUCACCCAGACAAAAAUCCCAACAACCCUGAAGCAUCUGAAAAGUUUAAAGAAGUAAACAGAGCCAAUACAAUCCUAAGUGACGCCACGAAAAGAAAUAUAUAUGACAACUAUGGCUCUCUCGGUCUCUACAUUGCCGAGCAAUUUGGGGAAGAAAAUGUCAACGCCUAUUUUGUCGUCACAAGUACAUGGUGCAAAGCAUUAUGUGUGGUGUGUGGUAUAUUGACUGGUUGUUACUUUUGCUGCUGCUUGUGUUGCUGCUGUAACUGCUGCUGUGGCAAGUGCAAACCUCGUCCAGCAGAAGAGUCUGGAGACUACCACACGCUGGAAAGAGACGACUCAGAUGGAGUGCAGCCGGUAACUUCACAACCUGGACCUGAAGGCCGUCCCACCGGUGACCAAGCCCCACCCAUUGUGCUGCCUGCUCCAUCGGCUCCUGGGGUCUCAGAAAAUACUGGCCUCAAUACAGGCAGCAGUAUUCCAAAAUACACUUGAAGUGUCACCUAGCCUAAACUAUAAUAUAAGAGAAAAGAGGAACUGACUGCUUUUUUCCACCACCAUGCAAAUUAUGUAAGCCCUAAGUUUUUUAUGUUACUAUUUUUAAUGAGUUUUUUUUUUGUAAUUUUGUUUUAAUGUAUUUAUAUACAGUUUUUUUAAAUUGCAAUUCUGUGAUAACCUAUUUAUUUUAACUUGAAAUACUGUAUUCUUAGCUAAAGUGCAUUAAAGUCUAUAUAUUGUAUCAUUUCUUUAGCUUUGCAGGGUUUUUUAGCUGGCCAGUAAUAGACCUUAUAAACCUGAGUGAAUCUAAGGGUUAUCAAUAAAUAAUUAAAGUUUGUAAUUGUGUCAUAACAUUGUAGUGAAAGACAGUUACACAAUAUGCUUGUUUAUAUUUUCUUAUAUAAACACCACAUCACAAAGAAAUAAAUUCAAUAAAAAACCUAACUCCUUGACAUGGAAUUACUACAAUUUACUAUUUAGCUUAUGCUUACAAAAUAUAAAAGUUAUCAGUUAGGAUUGUUUAGAUCAGAUUAGUCUUUCAAAUAAUCGAUUGUGUAUGUUAAGAAAAUUAGUCUUGAAGUAUUUAUCUAGCUGCAACUAAUUACUAUUAUCUCUGAGAAGUCACAAUUUUGCAUGUAUUAAAAAAAAGACUUCUGGGAAAUUUCAAUAAGUAUAACUUCUACUCCAUAGCUAUAGUAUAACGUGUUUAGAAGUUUAAGGCAUCUAUACAUUGUUAAUAAUUUAAUAGGUAGGUACUUAUAGUAGCCUAUUCAAAGCAAACCUGUUUUCAAACAGGUAUUUGUCACCUGCCUCUACUUUCCGUAGCUAAAAAUGUAUCGUCGAAAUGUUAUUUGUAAUAAAUGUGUUUAAUUGAA